AUGGCUACCAAGACCUUGAACUUCUACGCUUACGGUCUUCAAAAGGACACCACUGUCAUGCUCAUGUUUGAGCCUCCCAAUAAUCACAAAUUGUUCAAGGACCAAUUCCCCGUUGUAUGGAAGGUCAUCACUUUCCGCGCCAAAGGCCACGCCAAGGCUAGCAUUCAAUAUGGUGCUCGCCUCGCAUUCGGAUAUGCCCAAACCGACCAAGACAACCUUGUGGACUCGGGUGCAUGGGUCGAAGUCCAGAGCGGUGAUAUAAGCAGUAUUGCCGGUGGCCCAGGCCAAAAGCGUUUCGGCGAGAAUACCAAGGGCAGCGGAACCAAACUCCUCGUCUGCAAAAAUAACACUGACAGCCGGGCCAACUUGAGCAUUGGGUUCGUCAAGGGCGAUGGGAUUCAUCAGCGCUAUGAGCCCACGCUCGUUUGGACUGGUGUUGGUUCCAAGUCCAACGUGACUGCUCAGUUCACACCCAAUCUCACCGCCUAUGUCACUCGCGACUACAAAGCCACUGAGAUGCUCCGUGGUGAAGUUGAGACCGAUGCGAUCUGGACAUGCAAUCUCAACGAACUGGAUGACGUUACCGGAUGGAACUUUAUCGAAGACGACGCCACUGGUGGAUUCUCCAUCGAGAAGACUCACCUUGUCUAA